CCUACUCCUUCUCCAGUCUUCUUCCUCUCGACUCCUCCGCUCCUCUGCAAAUUCCUUACACAUCUUCUUCUUCUCCGAUUCCCCAUGGAUCGCAGCAUCGAUGUGUCGAAGGAGAACUGGAUGUCGGUACCGGCGUUCGGGGAUUGGGAGAAGCUGCAGGGUAUGCCUGAUUACUCCAUGGAUUUCACUAAGAUUAGAGAGAAUCGCAAGCAGAGCAAGUCCGAUUACUCCCGUAUGUCCAUGGGAAAGGAAGCCGACCUUCUUUCUCAGUACAGCACCGCUCCUCCGGUUAUUCAAGUGAAACAUAGUUCACCGGGGAGGAAGACGCUUAUGAGCUACUUUGCUUGCUGUGGCUCCAAGUGAUCUGCUUGGGGGCUCUCAUCGUCUUCACAAUUUGAGAAGAUAAUUAUACAUUCAACCAAUUCUUUUUCUUAUUUCUCCUCUUUUCAGAAAUAAUUUGCCGCAUGAUUCAAUGCUUAAAAAUUCCCUGGCGUGCUGCCAUGAAACAAAGAUGAACAAAUUGGGGAGACAAGCAUUUAAUGCUGCAUUUUGUGCAUUGAUUUUUUUUAUUGGAGUCAGCAAAAUAUAAUGUAUUCUCAAUUCAUGAACGAGUUUA